CAUCUUCGCUCAUAACCAACACCACCCUCCUCCUAGAUCUUAACCGUCGACCCUUCAAUUCCGACAGAUAGUUUUCUCUCUCUUUCCUUGAUUUUCGAACCCUAGAUUUCAGCUUCGAUUUGUUGUAGUAAUGGCGGCGACUGAGGAACCAAUUGUUGCAGCACCGGUGGAGCAAGAGGUUGCUUCUGUUCCGGCAGUGGAGGAAGCUCCGGUGGAGACGACUCCCGCCGCUGAAGAGGUCGCCGGAAAGGCGAAGAAAGUGAAGGAGACUAAGCCGAAGAAAGCUGUGACUGGUCCUAAGAAGGCGAGGAAAGCUUCUACUCAUCCUACUUACUACGAGAUGAUGAGUGAGGCGAUUUCCACGUUGAAGGAGAGGAACGGUUCAAGUCAGAAGGCGAUUCAGAAAUUCAUUGAGGAGAAACAUAAGAAUCUUCCACCGACGUUCAGGAAGCUUCUUCUUGUUAACUUGAGGAAAUUCGUUGCUUCUGGUCGUUUUGUUAAGGUCAAGGGAUCCUACAAGCUUCCUCCUACUCGUUCUGCAGCUCCCAAAGCUGAGGCUGCUCCAGCCAAGAAGUCAAAGACCGCUGCUGUUAAGUCAAAGGCCCCUGCUGCGAAGAAGAAAGCCCCUGCUGCUGCGAAGAAGAAAGCCCCUGCUGCUAAGCCGAAAGCUGUAGCUGCCAAGCCGAAAGCUAAGGCAAAAGCUGUUGUUGCUAAGCCUAAAGCAGCUGAAGCCAAGCCGAAGCCUAAGGCCAAAGCUAAGCCAGCUGCCAAAGCCAAGGCAGUGGUGGCUGCUGCUCCUUCUAGAUCAAGAGCUGGUUCUAAGAGGAAAGCUGUGGCUGCUGUGAAGCCGAAGGAGAAGCCGGCUAAGGUUGCGAAGACAGCAGCGAAAUCAACUCCAUCUAAGAAGGCGGCUCCUGCUCCUGCUAAGAAGGCUACUCCUGCAAAGAAGGCCGCUGCUCCGGCUAAGAAGGCUGCCGCAGUGAAGAGUGUUAAGCCGAAGAGUGUGAAGUCUCCGGCGAAGAGAACAAUGCCCAAGAGAGGGAAGAAAUGAUGAUUUUUGAUUGUGUUUUUAGAUAGUUUUGGGAUGUGGUGGGUUGUCUGUAGGGUUUGAUUGGGAUGAAUAGUUUCUGUAUAUGUUCCGAUGUUUUAGUGGGUGUAAUGUUGAGACGAGUUAUUAGCGCCCAUAUAUACAUGGAAGUUGGAGUUCCUCUUUCUUUAAUUUUACCUUUUUAGAUGUUUUUAUUUAAAUCUGAGAAUGUUAUUUAGCUGUAGUGUUUAAGAUAAUCAUUUAUGAAAUAUGAGAUGAAAAUUUUAGAUUCAA